AUGAUCAAAAUAAAUAUUUAUGAUUAUCUUUUCAAUUUACCACAAACAACUUAUGCAUGUAAUAUUUCGCAAUGGUCAACAGUACUUCAAAGUAAUGAUAGACUUAGUGAUGUUAUUAAUAAAAUUGUUGAAUUACAAAAAUAUGAACAUGAUAGAAAGAAAGAUAAUCACAUAUGUUCAGGAAUAAUGUUACUCAUUUUAGUUAUGUUUAUUGCAGCUUUUUCAGCAUUUAUUUGUUUUAUAUAUUAUCGUAUUCGUUAA